AUGGCUCGUCGGGACCUCUGGUGUACUGGUGGGAAGGAGAGUCCCGAGAAGGCUCUCGUAGAACAAUUCCUGGGUCCGUUCUUUCAUACACGUCAAAAGCAUAUGGGCAAGCCGCACGUCCUUAUCAAUAUAUGCUUUGUGGAUCCGGAACGCAGACACGAAGGGGUCGGAAAUCGAAUGCUGAGAUGGGGUCUCAAUAAAGCGGAUGAAAUGAACUUGGAAACCUGGGUCGAGUCCAGCCAAAAUGGGCGUGACUUUUACAAAGCCAAUGGCUUUUUGCACGUCGAAGAUGAAAUACUUGAUCCGGUGGUUGCGGAAUCAGACGGUCCAAAGUUGGCGGACGUGAAGGAGAUCUGGUACAAAAAGCGAUUGCUCCCUUUCAUGAUUGACAUCAUGAAGAGACCUACUCGAGAAAACGAUGACUAG